ACCACUGAUAAGAAAGGGCACGCCAUUUAUGACGCGGCGCGCGAUAGCGAAAAUGCAACGGUUACAGACCGACCGGCUUAGUUAGUCGGCGACCGUCGGUGCGCGAACACAAGUGCUUUUGCGAUCCGCGCGAUCUGGUCUGGUGUGGUUUUAUUUAUCGUGCCCUCUCCAAACGGUGCAGCGGUGCAUCAAAGUGCAGUUUAUUUGUGUGUUUGACCUCCCCUUGACUUGCGAUUGUUCCACUCGGUCGAAAGUGUCGAAGCAUGGCGUUACGAUUGCUGGGGCUUCACCAACACCAGCGUGCGUGCUGGAACCGGAUUCUGCAAACGAUUCGCACCCAAUCAACGGUUGCUCCGAGCACGCACGAGAAGCAGCAAAGCUACAUUCACCACAUAGGCAGUAAACCUCUGGUCUAUCGGAACGUGGGCCAACAUCUUCGACUGGCGGCGGAACAGUUCCCAAACAAUGAGGCCAUCGUAGCGUGUCACGAAGCGGGCGCAAGGCUCACCUAUGCCGCCGUCCUAGACAAGGUAGAUCGUCUGGCGGCUUCCUUCCUACAGCUCGGUCUGCGGCAGGGUGAUCGCGUCGGAAUCUGGGCGCCGAACGGGAUGCUCUUCUAUCUUACCAACCUGGCGGCGGCGCGUGCCGGUAUGAUUUCGGUUGGAAUUAAUCCGGCCUAUCAAGUACCGGAGCUAGAGUAUGCACUUAAGAAAGUCGGCGUAAGGGCUCUCGUGGCUGCGGAAGGAUAUCGUCAACAGAACUACUACGGCAUGGUGUCCCAUAUCGCACCGGAACUUGCCUCGUCCAAGCCGGGUGAGCUAAAGAGUAAAUUGCUCCCAAAUCUGUCCGCCGUAAUAAUUGACAGUCAGAAGAGUUUGCCAGGAGCAAUUAAGUUCAGCGAGCUAUUCGAUCUGCCAUCGGAACAAAGCAUCAGCAAGGUGGAGAACCUUCAAUCAAAGAUUAUGCCCGACAGUGGCGUCAACCUUCAGUUCACCUCCGGAACAACGGGACAACCCAAAGCGGCUCUGAUGUCACACUUUGGCUUCGUCAACAACGGACUACACAUUGGCAACCGGAACGAGCUAGACCAGAAGAUGCAUCGACUGUGUGUACAGGUGCCACUGUUCCACGCGUUCGGUAUGGUGAUCGCCAUCAUGGCGGCCAUUUCUUACGGCUCCACGCUCGUUCUGCCAACCGCAGGCUUUAAGGCGGCCGAUUCCUUAGCUGCCAUUGUACGCGAAAGAUGCUCGAUCGUGCUUGGAACUCCAACCAUGUACGUGGAUCUGGUGAGACGUAUCGUUGAAAGUGGUGCUAAGCUAGAAACGCCCGAGAUCGCCGUCACCGGUGGAGCUACCUGCUCACCGAAGCUGUUUGCCGACAUCAAACACACGCUCGGCGUGCGGAAGGUGAAAACCGUGUUCGGAAUGACCGAAACAACGGCCGUCAUCUUCCAGGCCCUGUUCGACGAGACGCCGGAGGAUGUGCAGCAAACUGUUGGCCACAUUACCGAUCACUACGAGGCGAAAGUGAUCGAUCAGGAGGGGCAUAUCGUACCGUUCGGGACGGCCGGCGAACUGUGCGUUCGGGGAUACGGUACCAUGCUCGGCUAUUGGGACGAUGAGAAAAAGACGAAGGAAACGAUCGGUGCUGAUCGGUGGCUGCGGACAGGUGAUCAGUUCGUACUGCGCGAGGAUGGCUACGGGAAGAUUGUGGGUCGCCUGAAGGAAGUCGUUAUCCGUGGUGGAGAGAACAUUUACCCGAAGGAGGUGGAAGACUUCCUGAACACCUAUCCAAAGAUUCUGGAAGCGCACUGUAUCGGUGUGCCGGACGAGCGUACGGGUGAGGAGUUGUGUGCUUUCGUACGGCUAAAGGACGCUUCCGAUACGAUCGAUCGAGAGGAGGUAAAGCGUUACUGUGAGGGAAAGCUGGCGUACUACAAGGUGCCGAAGUAUGUGAGGAUCCUGAACGAUCUGCCCAAGACAACGUCUGGAAAGGUGCAGAAGUUUAAGCUAGCCGAACUGUUUGCAGCGGAACGGUAACGAGCGCUUUUCGUGUUUAAGUUAAUAUGAAUGUUUUGCUAAAGCUUCAACUUUUACUGGUGUACUGGUGUACCUACUCAUGAGGCCGUGGUAAAGGCUGAAAACUGAGUUGGAUUUUCGAUUUUUGAUAAAAUAAAAGGAGGAAUAUUUUACAAAA